GAUUUCCACGAGUUUCACUUUCGUACGCGGACAGUUCGAAUUGCGUUUUACGACCAAGUUCCUCCUCGACAGGGGCCGACCACGAAAUGAUUUUUGUCUUUCGCUUUGUUUAAAGUUUCGCCGUCCUUUCGAUGGCCAACUUUUUCGACAUGUACUUCGGAGCGACAAAGUGGAGCGACGGUUUAUCGUGUCAGGUGUGUCUCGCCAAAUACAAAAUAUUUGCAGAGUUCAAGCGGCAUAUAUCCUCAAAAGAGCAUCAAAAGAAAAUGACCCAAGUAUUUCAGACAGAGGACCACUCAAUUCCUGGGAAGCUCCCCCCCAUCCUUAUUAUGGACAGAAGUAUCCAACUGACCAUUCAACAGCCCAUUUUAGGAUUGCAACUGCUGACCGUCUGUUUCAGUAGAGGAGUAGGGAACGUUUUGUACCUGUGCCAUGUCUGUGAGGAAACCGUGCCGGACCACAAGAUAUUGGACCACCUCACCUCCGGUUGCCAUGAAUUCAUCUACUACAGCUACGCAGACGCAAAUAUGCUGGAAGUCUCCUGGAUUCCCUGCGAAGAUGUGAGGGUUAAUCCAGGAAUGCGAAAAAUGCUCGAGCAUUCAAACGUCAGCGGGGUUGGACCACUUAAGAUGUUAAAUUUGCCAUACAGGCUUGUUUCCCUCUACGAAAGUUAUAGCUACUUCCAAGUGAUGCACGCUCUCACUCUGUAUGACAAGCUUCCCACGCUACUCCAAGUAGAUGUUAAGCCAAAGAAAGUACCGGUUCAACAGUACCAAGAAGAUCCCCGAAAGAACCACCUCCCUCUGGAUCCUUCGGAGAAGUCGUACAAAAUCCAUUGUCAGAAUUGCAAACUCCCGUUGGACACACCGGAGCAAUAUUUCCGGCAUGUGCAAAAUAAGAAACACAAAAUGAUGGUCCUCUCCAUUCACGGCAACGUUCACUCGUCGUUUGACACGGAAGGAAUGAAAGGCCGUUGUGACCACAGGGCGGCGGUGGCCGAAAGUGGGCAAAGUUUUCAAAGUUGUUGUCAAACACUCGAGCAGCUUCUUUUCGAUGAACUGGACAAGCGUUCGGUGCCAGGCGCGGCCAUGAUGGUGUUGUGUUACAGUUCGGAGUUGGUGUCGGAAGUUGUUUGCAUCUGCUGCGCUUGCCACGAUGCGUUUUCCAAGUCUUUGCUGACAAAACACUUGAAGUCACACAAGCACCUCCUGCAAACACUGUUGCAUCUCAAUCCCUGGCGACUGCCGUUCGGUUGGCAAAAUGUACCGGAACGGAAAUUCUUGAAGGCCAAGGUGGAGGCGGAGGAGAAAGAAAGAGGGUGGACUCAGGUGGUUCUUAAGGUGAUGGAUUUGCCCGGCUCAGUGUUGCGUAGCAUCAUUCCGCCAAGUUACCAGAAAGUGAUGGACAGACUCUCGCGCCGCCAUGUUGUCUUAAAACGCAACGUGCCGCCGUGCCAAACCUUCAGCCAACUCCAAGAACACAAGACUUACCCGCUUUUGGGACGCAGUUUCAUGGUGUCGCACGAGUCCUACGACCCGGCUCGCGAUUCCGCGUACGAUUCCAUGAUGUGUCUGCUGUGUAGAAGGCGGCUGACGCACCAGGAAGGCUACGCUCACGCUUUCAGUUGGGAACACGUCGCCAUGUUUCUCGAACGAUUCCAUCCUGGCUCGUUGAGGCCCCAUUGCGAUACAAAAGAAUUACUGGACCUGGCAACCCAGGCUGCACGUAUUCACAGCGUAUCACACGUCCAGAAACUGAAGUUGGAAAGGCCCGUUGAGGAACCCUGCGAUUACGUCAAAGUGAAAGUAAUCCUGAGUGCAGCAAAGAGGAGGAACAGCAAAAGUCCCCUUAUGCCCCUCGUCCUACCUCAAGCACCGUUGGUCCCCGCAGAAAGUGCGACAGCGGCGACCCCAGGGUGCAGUACGAAAAGCAACAUGGCAACGUCCCCUUCGAGAAAGACUCAUCAAAACCCUGCAAACACUAGUAGGACCGCCACCGUGGACGAGACGGGACAACAAAGGAGCGCCCGUGUUUGGAUGUCUGCAAAUGACGAAUGUGAGCGAAAGAGGCCGAGUGCCCCUCAGGAUGACGAGAUCGGCUAUAAAAGACAACGAAGGGACUCCAGAGAGAUCGCAGAGCACGAAGAAAAGCCCAAGAUAAAAUAUGAGAGUUGGGAACAAAAGGAGACGGUACCCGUGGCCGCCAGCACUGAAAGCACCCUGUGCACAACAAACACAAAUGUUACCCUUAUGGUUGCAAGCGCUAAAUUCACUGCAACAAAGUCCGCCGCAUCUACCGCCAGUUGUACUACAAAGCCCGGGAUAGCGACAACCUCCAGUAGCACAAAACCCUGCGUGACAGCGGCCUUCUCCGGUGCACCUGCAUUCGCAGCCAAGUCGAUGGCUCCCUCUGCCGGUACGGCGCAAUGCUGUAGAGUUACAGAAACCUACUCGAGUGUCACAUGGACCACCACGAAGUCUAUAGCAUCUACCGUCAGUACCACACAAGCCUGCAAAGUUAUAGCAACGUCCUCCAGCGCAACUUCAACCACCCAAAGGUCAACUGCAUCUGCUACCAGUUGUACUACAACAUCCGCAAGAGUUACAGCAAGCCCCACUAAGUCCACAGUACCGACCAUCAUUUAUGGUCCUACGGCUUGUACAUUUGCUGCACCUUCAACUCUCACCAAGCCCACGGAAACUACUACCGCCAUCCGCGAUGCUAAAAUCUCUACUUUGCCCACAGCAACUCCCGUCAUGCGCGGUGCUCGAACCUCUACAGUCAUCCAUGGUGCGACCGCCACCAAGCCCGCAACGCCCAAUGCCAUACAUGGAGCAACAACCUCUAUGUUUACCUCAACUGCCGAGUCGACCACACCCGUCGCACGUUGUGUGGGCUCUGCUUCCGAGUUUGCAGCAACAAUCUCACACCCCAAAAAUUCUUUCACAGGGUUAUCAGUGCGGCACAAAGCACCCAAAGAGAGAACUGAAAGAGCGAGACGCUCUAGCUGGACGUCCGGGACGAACCCGGAGUCUGCGUUGAAAACGCCGGUCCCGUCUCACGCCGGGGUGGCAACUGCAGCGGUGGCAGCACCGAAAUGCAGAAAAUCUGAAUCUUCUGCCAAGAAAGUGAGCAACACAUGGGGGUCCCAUGACGAUGCAGAACCACGGGCUGAAGUCAGACGCGCAAUCACAACAGCCAAGCUAUCGCAUAGCAGAACUAAGCUGAGUUUGUUGAAAGUUGGCCUAAGCUUUAUAGUCGCAGUUAACAGCGACGGGCGGAAGCAGUCCUACUGCACUCUGUGCCGAAUAAGAUUGGAAUGCUCCAGUCACCCUACGGAAAAAAUUCACCGAUACAACUAUAUGAAACGGAGGUUCCCAGAAUUGAAUGACAAGCAGUUGGCACGCAUCAACCAAGAGAAGUUUGCUUUUAGCAUGACGGAGGUGGAGAAGUGUUUGGGACUUCGGAACUUCCAGACUAUAGAAGUGACCAACGAUGAGUACAAGGAGCUGUCGGAUCUUCCAGAAGACCAGGCUUUACAGAGAUUGGAGACUCACUUCCUGGUUUUAUCCAACACUUUGGUGCCUUUAGGACACGUUUCCCCCACCUCCUUUGACGGUAGGGGGCAUUUGAAUCCAGGAAGUAGCUUCUUGCGUGGGGCACUUGGCAGCCAGCUUUCCAUUGCACAAGAAUUUGAUACAGAGACCCAUGCGAGAACUGCCGCCGGUCCAACUACCGAGCCAGAGGCCACUGUUCACAGUAUCCAUGGAUACGAAUGUGGCAAAGAGGCAUGCGAGCAGCAGGAGAUUGGCCAUGACGCUUUAAAGUUCGCAGAGGACAAUCUGGAUGGUUUUGAGGAGCCCUUAAGUUCAGUGUCAUUUGGCCCAGACCCGCAAAUUGAUCAUCCAGGUUUAAAGGACGCUGAGAAGAAUGCGGAAGGCUCUGAUGAGCCAUCGCCUUCGGUGUUGUUGGGACCAGUGCUGAAGUUUGGUGAUUCAGGUUCACAGGACAAUAAGGAGAAUCUGUCUGGCUUCAAUGAGCCCUCACCAGCAGUGUCAUUGGGCCCAGAACCACACUUUCAUGAUCCAUGCUUAAAUGAUGUUGAGGUGAAUCUGGAAGGCUCCGAUUGUCCCUCACCUUCAGAGCUGUUGGGACCAGAGCCACAGUUUGGUAAACCAGGUUUAAAGCGAGGUGGUGAGGAUCUGGAAGGCUGUAAUAGGUCCUCGUUGGGAACUGACCUGGGUCCUGCGUCAGUGAACGCAGAACCACAGAGUCCGGUUGUAAGGUGCUCGAAUGAUGGACGGUCCAGUCUGCAUAAGGUGCCAAUAGAUGCAGGAUCUAACUGCGGGCAUAGUGCUUCCCAGGCGCCCAUCCUUUCUGGAAGCCCAAGUAACUUGACCACGUUUUUGUGGGUGAAGGGACCCUCCAACCAGCCAGUCAUAGGUCUAGUGUCUGUGUACGAGUGCCACGGGACAUUUGGAAAUUCGUUCUACUUGUGUCAGAGCUGCAGCCAGAAACUCCUUGUCGGUGAAAUCUGCCAGCACAUGGUUAGCGCGACGCAUCGGCUCGCGUACAUGUUAAGAGCAUAUCCUCAAUAUAUGGAUGCAUUUUGGUAUGAGGAGGACAUCGGAGAGGAGAUGAAACUCGAACUCCUCAAUGAUGUCGCGAUAAAUAUCGCAGCACAGGAGCGUUCCAAAAAGAUGGACGCAAAGGUUAUAGACCUCUCUCAGGACAUGUACGAGUACAUUUGGAACGCUCCAUUUGGAGAAGCUCUCGAUGUGCUGCAGAGUGCCACCAGACAGCCCGUCGUCGCAUCACAACAAACUGCAAACCAAACAUCUGAGAAGCAGAGUGGACAUGAGAUGGACUCGGGUGCCGAUUCUGUUCCUUCUACCUCUUCAGCUAGAACGAACCUCAGUCCACAAGAGACUCGUAAAAGCUCUCCUAUUCCACCAGAACUGCCAAUUUCGGGAGUUUUCUCCAGGACACCGCCUGUCUUCAAAGUGAAGAGUGAACCGAUGCUCUUGGAGUCCAAACCUCCUGUAAGUCCUGGUCCGACCUGUGAGGAGCAGGCUAGGUUACAAGUGAAGGCUGAGCUAAUGCCUCAAGAGUCUGCUACUGCUAAAGCCAUUUCUGAGGAAGAGCGUAGUUCUCAAGUGAAGGCUGAGCUGAUAGGCUCAGAAUGCAGACCUGCUGAAACCUUUGUUUCUGUCACCAAGACUCCCCCUGUUUUUCAAGUGAAGAGUGAACCGAUGCUCUUGGAGUCCAAACCUCCUGUAAGUCCUGGUCCCACCUGUGAGGAGCAGGCUAGUUUACAAGUGAAGGCUGAGCUAAUGCCUCCAGAGUCUGUUACUGCUAAAGCCAUUUCUGAGGAACUGCGUAGUUCUCAAGUGAAGGCUGAGCUUAUCCCUCCCGAGUCUGGAUCUGGUGCUACUGCUGCCAAGCCUAAUUUUCAAGUCAAGGUAGAGCUGAUGCUUCCAGAGUCUAAAUCUCCAGAAACUGCUGGUCCCGUUUCUGAGGAGCCACAUAGUUUUCAUGUGAAGGCUGAACUAAAGCCAGAAGAGUCCGGAUCUCCUGAAACUGCUGGUCGCGUUCCUGAGGAGCAGCCUAGUUUUCAAGUAAACACCGAACUACUGCCAGAAAAUUCCAGAUCUCCUGAAAGUGCUGGUACAAUUCUUGAGAAGCAGCCAGGUUAUCAAGUGAAUGCUGAACUGACAUUUUCUGAAUGCAGUUCUCCCGUGACUACAACCAUGUUGAAAACGCCUCAGUUUUGUCAGGUGAAAGAUGAAGUGGUUCUCUUGGGUUGCGGAUCUCCUGUAACUGCAGGUCCAGGCUCAGAGACAUUGCCUAGUUCAAAAGUCAAAGCUGAAACUCUGUUCUCGGAGUACAUACCCGCUGUAAGUAAUGCAUCCAUCUCCAAAACGCAACAAAGUUCUCAAGUGAAGGAUGAUCGGAUGCGCUCCAAGUCCAGAACUCCUGUAACUGCUACUCCAGUCACGAAGAUGUCAUCCACUUUUCAGGUAAAAGAACAGGCGCGCUCUGAAGGUGUUGCUCGUGUAACGACCAGUCCAACAAUUCGUCAAGAUGAAUACCUUCCCACCAGAAAAAGAGAAUCUCUCGAGUCUCUGGACGAACUAAUCAGGAUUUGCACCAGUAAGACCCAGCUCUGUGAUCCUCGACCGGCCAAAUGGAGACCCAAGUCAUUGUUGGCCAAGUCUCCUGAUGUUAACCCUCCACUGAUCCCAGGGGAACCGGCUCCUGUUGACCAAGGUGCCUCUGUGGUAGAAAACCGAAACUCUGAAGAGAAAUUCCCCCCCAAGGUAGAUGAUUGUAUUGCUGCCAUCGCUGGCAACCCAGCAGCUAAAGUGUCUCACAUGACGUCUGCGCAGCCCAUCACCACAAUAGUGACGAGCAAGAGCAGAUGGGAUAGAGUCGGUCCGUCGACAACACCAGGGAUCCAACGUGUCGCCCCAGAUCCUCAUUUAUCAAGUAGCUCCCCCAAGGACACGCUUGUGAUGGAAGAUAAGUCGACCAAUACCACCAUCCCCCGUGAUCCUGAUUGGGUGGACGGCUAUGAGGUCAAACCACUGCUGGCUGACAAUUGUGUAAGUUCCAGUCCAGAUCAGGUAGCAGUGCCUCAAGGCAAUGCAAAUGCUUCACCAUUUUCAGCAAAUGGUGUACAGAACUGCAAGUUAGACAGAGACUCUCAGAGUACUCUCAGUGGUGCAAAGUCCGAUCUCAGCGACGCUCCCCUCUCAAAUUCGAGUGAUUCUGGUCUUGGGAAUCUCAUCCCUUGUGUCACAAAUAUGCAUUCAAGGUACGCUCCAGCUGCAGAGUACAGGGCGCCAAUUAGUUUUCAGACUGUGAAUGAAAAUGUAGGGCAGUCUCACCCAGUCCAGGUUUACCUCCAGCAGACUGCAAACCAUUUCACUGUGCCAUUGGUCGCACACCAUCAAACAGUGAUGGGAUGGGCCAACCAGCAAACUCCGCAAUGGAUGCCGCAGCAGCAGUACCCUACGACAUGGGUUCAAACUGCUAGAAAUGUGACCAACGGCGCCACCUACUUGUGUACUUUUCCCUUCGCCCCUGCGGCCUACUCCGCCCGUCCCCUCGCGCUAGUUCCCGUUAGCAGCCAAGGAAACGGCACCUCGUCCCAGCCCAGUUAUAACGCAUUGACGCUGGCGCAGUUACCACAAAAGAAAUAACUAUCUACUGGAAAUAAUUGUAGUAUGUCAUGACAAAGAUGUUUAUUAAAUAAUAAUAAUUUUGGCCAGGUUUGCACUGUACUAUUCAAAGUUUUUAUUGUUUGUAUGCCAAAGUAUUUGCUUUGUUUCAUUAUUAUUAUAAUUUUUUUUUUCCUCCACCAUUUUUGUACUUCUAGAUUUUAUUUUACAUAUGCAUAUUUUUAAUGCUGACCCAUUGUAACUCCCGUCUUGUUAAAUUUGUUUUGAAUAAAGUUUUGUCUGUGGAA